UCACAUGCCUCAGCCCAGGCAGACAAGGCAUUUGAUCUGACCAAAGCCUCAAUUCAUCCAUGGUUCCCAUUACUCAGACCCAGCAGAGGCUCCUGUGAGAGGAAGUCCUAAGAAUUCUACACAUUUGCCAAGGGAACCUGGUCACACUAUGGACUCGGGAACAGUGCAAGCCGUGGGCAAGCCACUGUUACUGACACCGUCCCUUCAUCUCGCACACAAGCUGAGCCGAGCCGGGGCAGCAAGAGCAUGCACCACGCCGAGACAUACCAGACAACAAAAUCCACAUGAGAGGGCAUCCAUGAUGAGGAGCUAACACCACUGCGUGCCUGCAGGAAGAGACGUGGCUGCCAAAUCAUCCUCAGUCAACACAUGGCGUCAUUAGGGGUAAGCUAAAACAAGCAUCCACCAUGAAUAGAGUUGUCUGUCUCUAUUCUAAGCUAAAAGGUACUCUGCAUAACCUUGAAACCAAUGAGUUGGACAGUUGACAUGUGUCUUUAUCCUGUAUCCUGUCUUUUGUCAAAAGUGAAUUGAGAGGUUACCCUUAGAAUGUGCAAAAUGCACAAAACAGAAUGACUCGAUUUGUUUGUCCUCCUUCUCCCCAGAACCCCGAGAUGCUAACCAGGAAGAUCAAGCUGUGGGACAUCAACGCCCACAUCACUUGUCGCCUGUGCGAGGGGUACCUGAUAGACGCCACUACUGUCACGGAGUGCUUACACACCUUCUGCAGAAGCUGUCUAGUGAAGUACUUGGAGGAGAACAACACCUGUCCCACGUGCAGGAUUGUCAUUCACCAGAGCCACCCACUGCAGUACAUCGGCCAUGACCGAACAAUGCAAGACAUUGUCUACAAGUUGGUACCGGGACUACAAGAGGCGGAGAUAAAAAAACAGAGAGACUUCUAUCAGAAGCUGGGAAUGGAAGUGCCCGGGGACAUCAAAGGAGAGCUGUGCAGCAUGAAACAUCUAGAUCCUCAGCGCAAUGGUGAGGUGAAAACGGAGGACACGGCAAAUAAGGAAACGGGGGAGGAGAAACCGGAGGAGGAGAACGAUUAUCACCGCAGCGACGAGCAGGUCAGCAUCUGUUUGGAGUGCAACAGCAGCAAGCUCCGUGGCCUGAAGCGCAAGUGGAUCCGCUGCUCGGCGCAAGCCACGGUCCUUCACCUCAAGAAGUUCAUCGCCAAAAAGCUUAACCUGACAUCGUUCAAUGAGCUGGACAUUUUAUGCAAUGAGGAAAUCUUGGGAAAGGACCACACUUUGAAAUUUGUUGUCGUGACAAGAUGGAGAUUUAAGAAAUCCCCCCUCCUGCUGCAUUACAGACCCAAAAUGGAUUUGCUGUAGUCGGACAGAACGGUUGUUUUGGCCCAGUGACCCAGAACUGUGCAACGUACUAUUUAUGCAGAGACGAUCAAUCCCAACACCAAGCAAACACACCAGAUCAGAAGUCCACACAAGCCAGCAAACAACAAACCCCAGCACAGAUACUGCACCACUGGCGGGCUUAGAUCAAAAACAACCUUUUUUGUCCGCUAUACAUCCUAGAUAUGUGAAAGAUUUGAGAAAAAGCAUAUAUUUAUACUUUUGUACAGAUGAGACAUGGAACCAAGACACUACUGGUGCUCUGUUUACACAUGAACAAGAUGUCGGGGAAUCGUGUGCCCAUCUUUUUAGUUUUUUCGACAGACUUCACUCCUCCGACCCUCAUUGACUGAUAAAAAGGCGAAGACGAGGAUUUUUAACGGUUCAUUUUAUUUUUCAGGUUACACUCAAACGAGUCUUGGGAGCAAAGAAAGUAUAUACAUUUAUAUGAUAAGACAUUGUUUCAAAGCUGUUUAUUGCGUUGUUGUAUUGUCCUCUGAUUUAUUUUUUUAUUUUACUUUAAAUUUGCUUCGGGUUUGCUGAAGGUUGAUUGUGAAUAGGGGGGAAAAAAUGUGGGUACUAAUUUAUGUUCUAUAUACCAAUAUUGUACAUAAAAUGUCAUUAUGAGAGAGAUUGAAAGGAGUAAGAAAGAUACUUAAGAUUGUUAGGAAAGGUUCACAGAAGUGCUUCAGUACAGUGCAUUCGGAAAGUAUUCAGACGCUUUGACUUUUUUCCACAUUUUGUUAUGUUACAGCCUUAUUCUAAAAUGGAUUAAAUAAAUAAAAGUCCACAUAAAUCUACACACAAUACCCCAAACAGGUUUUUAGAUAUUUUUGCAAAUGUAUUAUAAAUAAAAAACAAAUACCUUAUGUGCAUAAGUAUUCAGACUUGCUAUGAGUCUCGAAAUUGAGACAGGAUUGUGUCAGGCACAGAUCUGGGGAAGGGUACCAAAUUCUGCAGCAUUGAAGGUCCCCAAGAACACAGUGGCCUCCAUCAUUCUUAAAUGGAAGAAGUUUUGAACCACCAAUACUCUUCCUAGAGCUGGCCGCCCGGCCAAGCUGAGAAAUCGGGGGAGGAGGGCCUUGGUCAGGGAGGUGACCAAGAACCCGAUGGUCACUCUGACAGAGCUCCAGAGUUCCUCUGUGGAGAUGGGAGAACCUAAAAGAAGGACAACCAUCUCUAAAGCACUCCACCAAUCAGACCUUUAUGGUAGUGUGGCCAGACGGAAGCCACUCCUCAGUAAAAGGGACAUGUCAGAUUGAAGUCUUUGGUCUGAAUGCCUAGCAUCGCAGCUGGAGAAAAUCUGAUACCAUCCCUACAGUGAAGCAUGGUGGUGGCAUCAUAAUGCUGUGGGGAUGUUUUUCAGCGGCAGGGACUGGGAGACUAGUCAGGAUCGAGGGAAAGAUGAACGGAGUAAAGUACAGAGAGAUCCUUGAUGAAAACCUGCUCUUGAACGCUCAGGACCUCAGACUGGGGCGAAGGUUCACCUUCUAACAGGACAACGACCCUAAGACAACGCAGGAGUGGCUUCGAGACAAAUCUCUGAAUGUCCUUUAGUGGCCCAGCCAGAGCCUGGACUUGAACCCGAUCAAACAUCUCUGGAGAGAACUGAAAAUAGCUGUGCAGCAACACUCCACAUCCAACCUGGCAGAGCUUGGGAGGAUCUGCAGAGAAGAAUGGGAGAAACUCCCCAAAUACAGGUGUUUCAAGCUUGUAGCAUCAUACCAAGAAAACGCAAGGCUGUAAUCACUUGCAAAGGUGCUUCAACAGAGUACUGAGUAAAGGGUGUGAAUACUUACACUAACAUUCAAAGGUUUGGGGUUACUUAGCUUUUCUUUCAAAAACAAGGACAUUUCUAUUUUUUUUGCCCAUUUAAAAUAACAUAAACUUGAUCAGAAAUACAGUGUACACAUUGUUAAUGUUGUAAAUGACUAUUGUAGCCAGAAACAGCAACCAUCAGCCCAUUAUCAGCAACCAUCACUCCUGUGUUCCAAUGGCACGUUGUGUUAGCUAAUCCAAGUUUAUCAUUUUAAAAGGCUAAUUGAUCAUUUGAAAACCCUUUUGCAAUUAUGUUAGCACAGCUGAAAACUGUCAUUCUGAUUAAAGAAGCAAUAAAACUGUCCUUCUUUAGGAUAGUUGAGUAUCUGGAGCAUCAGCAUUUGUGGGUUCGAUUACAGGCUCAAAAUGGCCAGAAACAAAGAACUUUCUUCUGAAACUCGUCAGUCUAUUCUAGUUCUGAGAAAUGAAGGCUAUUCCAUGCGAGAAAUUGCCAAGAAACUGAAGAUCUUGUACAUUGCUGUGUACUACUCUCUUCACAGAAGAGUGCAAUCUGGCUCUAACCAGAAUAGAAGGAGGAGUGGGAGGCCCCUGUGCACAACUGAGCAAGAGGACAAGUACAUUAGAGUGUCUAGUUUGAGAAAUAGACGACUCACAAGUCCUCAACUGGCAGCUUCAUUAAAUAGUACCCGCAAAACACCAGUCUCUACGUCAACAGUGAAGAGGUGACUCCGGGAUGCUGGCCUUCUAAGCAGAGUUGCAAAGAAAAUGCCAUUUCUCAGACUGGCCAAUAAAAAUAAAAUAUUAAGAUGGACUAAAGAACACAGACACUGGACAGAUAUGGCUUUUUCUUUGCAUCUCUGCCUAAAGGCCAGCAUCCCGGAGUUGCCUCUUCACUGUUGACGUUGAGACUGGUGUUUUGCGGGUACUAUUUAAUGAAGUUGCCAGUUGAGGACUUGUGAGGCGUCUGUUUCUCAAAAUAGACACUCUAAUGUACUUGUCCUCUUGCUCAGUUGUGCACCGGGGCCUCCCACUCCUCCUCCUACUCUGGUUAUAGCAUGUUUUCUCUGUUCUGUGAAUGGAGUAGUACACAGCGUUGUAUUAUGUGUAGAUCGAUGAGGGGGGGAAAAUGAUUUAAUCCAUUUUAGAAUAAAAUUUUCCACAUAACAAAAUGUGGAAAAGUCAAGGGGUCUGAAUUCUUUCCAAAUGCACUGUAUAUUGUUGGGCUACUUGUAUAUGUACUAUUGGGUUUUUAAUGUAGAGCAGACUCCUUAUCAGUAUAUAAAAAGGCAUCUUUUAGUUGUCUGAGAGAGAAACAAAACAAAUAUAUCAAAUCUUCUGCCGUGUAAAAAAGAAAAUACUCUGAAAUGACUUCGCAUUGCUACAUGCACAAGAUAGGAAUUUGAGACAGUCUAUGAAAGCAGCCCGCUUCUAAACUAUUCCAGUGAUUACUACAUCUCAGUUGCAUUGCCAUCAAAUACGAUUUACCAUUAAAUCAACCUGGUUUCGUCAAACAAUAUAAUCAAGCAAGAACUUGGGGAGUAUUGUUCGAAACAUCUGUGUUCAAAAAGCCUGCAAGAUAAUAUUAUGCAGCUACUGUUACUCUUGCUAUCGACAGGAGGCGCUUGUAUUGAUUUAUUCUCUUUAGGUAUUCAUACCACAAUAAAUCCGUCCUCGUGUUUAUUCGACCACUCUUCACAGCUCCCUAGCCGUGCAUAUUGUUUCGAGAGAUGAGCCACACAUGCAGCCACAUGCAUAUGAGAUGGCUGAGCACCCAGGAGCUGAUAGCAUUAGCAUCCCAGUCCUUAGUAGAAUGUAUUCCUCUGUUUUACCUUUAGGUACAGUGCAGCAUCCCACCACUUCUUCUAUCCCUAUGUCAUCGCUACCUUUAGUGCCAAAGUCUUGAAAACCCCCUUGACUUGUUCUUGUAUUUCCGUGUGGUCAGCUAUAUGAAAGUCAAUGAGAUUUCAUCUAUUUCACAGCAGUAUGGGACCUGAGAUAAAAAGCUGUUUGGAACUGAGAGUCAAAUAUGAAACAGUUCAAUUUGAGAUGUUAUUAAAUUGACAAGAGCUUGAAGUUUUUUCAUUAGGUGAAAUAAGCACACUCAGAUGUGAAAGAUGAAUACUACUUUGAGCAUAUGAAAUAAAUGCAUUUUUUGAUAUGAUAGUGUCAAAAUCGAUUACUUUUGUACCUUUUUGAGGUGGCUCUAAUUUUGGUGCUUAUUUGAGCGUGUCUAAUGAGAGUUUGGGGAGAAAGUACUUCAGAGAUUAAUGGCUCAACUGUGUAUUACAGGAACCAAGGCAUGGAAGGACAGAACAGUCUUAAUUCAUAGUCAUGGCCACCUUUUUCUUCAGUGCAACUGAAAUAUCCUUUCCUUGAACUGGACCAUAAAGUAACAUUUCAGACCUCACAUAGCAUUACCUCACUGCGCUGUCAAUAUUACUGUCAAUAAUUGUUGAUUCCCCUCCUUGUAUUUAUGCAAGGAAAGUUGUCGAUCUUGUUCACACACGGUCCAAAUAAGGUCUUAUAGGUGCAUAUUAUAUUUAAAAAAUACUUUCAUACAUGUCUCUACCAAACCAGCUUAACCAAAACUCAUUUUUAUUUGGUUAACGGUCAUCCCAUCAGUAAAUGCAUAAAUGCUAUUGAUAUAAAUACUUUUUAAAAAUCAUUUCCAUACUUCGACCAUAUUUGUUGAGAUGUCUUACAGUGAUUUUUUUUUGUUUGUAUGCAUAUGGCAACACAAUAUGUGUAAAGUCUGUCCGGCUCAUUUCAUGUUGUUUUUAUCAGUACCUUCUGCCUUUGACCUUAGCUUACCCAUCCAAGAGCUGAAAGAUGUGCAAGCAUAUUUGUCAAUAUUGACCGCUUGUCUCCUGCGUGAAUGGCAUAUUCAUUUUGUGUUACAGGCCCCAUAUAUUUACAUCAGCUUUGUUUGAACAGCAUCAUAGCCAUGUACUCAUUACUUAUCGCAAGAAUGCUAUCAGAGAAAACAACGAGGUAACUCUUUCCCAGCAGUACCUAUGUCUUCUUAAGAACUGGUGUAAUUGGAACAAAGGCACGUUACAUGUUUUUUUGUUUUUUAUAUGAUUCAGAUGUUCUUUUCUCUACUUGUUUUGUAUGUAUGCGAGUGCUGUUCAGUAACCCUGUGAUGUGAUCUCUGGGACAUAAUGGGGGGAGGGGCUUUGUUUUGUGGGCUUUGCCACUGUGAAGGCUGGUGUCUUCUCUUCUUUUCUCUCUUCUUGGAGCUGAGUACGGUGCUAACAUCUUUUCUCUAACUCGAACUCAAUCUGGUGCAAAUCAGCUUCAGAGAGUUAAAAUGAGUGCUGUGGAUUCCGCGGCCUGUAGUAGUUCAGUCACUCGCUAACCAGGGGUGUGUUGUCUUGUCGUAACUGUCUCACUUUCGCUCAGUGCAGAUGAAAAAGGUGCUGUUUUUUUCUUGUUGAUUUCUUUGUUUGCUUUUCCCCGCGGUCCGGGCUUGCUCUGGAAAAAACGGAACAGAGAGAACGGUAAAUAAAGUUUUGGACCGUGAAGAAGUUGCUGUUAUUGAAAACACACAAAAAGCGGAGAAGCUGGUGUAACUAUAUACCCGAAUGAUUCUUCUUCAGAGAGAAAGAGUAUUUAUUUGGAGUUAUUUUCAUGCAACUCACAGUAACCUCAGUGAAAUGCUUGGGGAUCCCUGUUGUAGCUGUAGUUGUCCUUUCUGCUCUGUGGAAUUGGAACAGAAAGCUCUUCUUUAUCACUACCCUUUCACGACUUCUAGCAGUUAGACAUUCGCCAGGUGCAUAGUGCCGGCACAGGUAUUGUUGUUAGAAUGUUUCCAAAGUUAAAUCAUACCCCAGAAGUCAAUGAUAGUAUGCCUGGGAGGUGUGUGGAGUAACGUGGGGGCAGGUUCCACCUCCAGAGCACUGGAUUGGAUCGGUCGUCACACUUUUAUCAGCCCUACGUUGAGACAUCAGUGUCGCUACACUUGACCGCUAGGCUAAGAGGCUUGCAUGCUUCCCUAUUCUGCUCACUGCAGACCGUGGUUCGUAUCCAGACUGAACCGUUGCCAGUGUGGAGACCAUGACAUGUCAAGGCCUCAACUCAUAAACUUCUCUUUUCUCAUUUUCUAGACUCUUAUCCUCUCGUUAUCUCCGAAUUAUCCACACCACGGUUGGGGCGAGCUGUACGUAAUUGAUAGUCUGAAUGCCUGAACUUGACUACCAGCUAAUUUAGAUGUCAUAAUGCUACUUAUGAAGACCAGAAUAAGCCAUGGUACCUGUGGAGGCUUUUAACCGAGUUUUUUUUAAGAGCAAUUAAGUCUUAAUAAUAGUUUUGUGAAACAGCGGCAGUCAUUUUUGAAUGGAUACCCUGGAUAGACACCAAAGUAUUCCAGGUGGUCUCAAAAUGGCCCAGUGUUUAUGUUCCUGUAAUAACAGUCUCCACUCUGAGAGUGUGAUGGCUCUUUUUCAUUCUGGCCCCCUGAGCUCUCCUGUAAAGCUCUGUAAUCACCCAGGCGACCCCUACGUCUGACCGGGGUCACUCAGGCGGCUAGUCUGGAUGAAACACAUUCCAAAAAUACGGAUUGUCUGUCCAGGGCAGCACUGCACCACUGCACCCACUCAGAAAGGCAGCUUGGCUCUUGACGGUGCCAUGCAGUGAAUCACAAUCCCACAGGUGGUCCCGAUUGAGGGGCAUCUGUCUGGAAUUGGCUUUCAUUUCAACAUGAUAUUUCUAUUGUCUAUUUUAAAGGUGUUAAACUAUCAUCUGCAACUUGGACCUGACUCUGGGAAUGAGGAAAGAGAUGUGGUCUGGAUGUCAUAGUGAGUUAAUUAGCCUGAUAAAUGUUACAGUCAUAUUUUCCUUCAAAACAAAGGGAAAUAAGUCCACAGUAACCAACCUUCACAGUGGCACUGGUCAUCGAUAUAAUCUGUCCGAAUUUUGUAUUAUUAUUAUUUAUUUAUACUGUAAAGUUAUGACUCCAGCAGUAGCUUUUUGUUUUUGAAAAACAUACAGAGAUUUGAUAUCCUUCCCUGUGUUCAUUAUUUUUAUUUUUGUUUUGUUUGAAACAUACAUACGAUUUUAUGGCCUAAAUGAUUAAUUUAUAACUGUGCUCCCUCUUUUGUAUUAUAAGUGAUCGCGUCUGUUCAAUGACCUCUGUGUACCACCAGCACAAGCGGUGUUCCUCUUUGGGUCAAGGUCUGGCAAAAUUAAAACAAAUGUAAAACUGACAAUGUGGUUAAUUGUAUUUGCAAGGAAAAUGUGCAAUAUCCUUUUCUCAGAUGGUUCCAGGUUUCAGCGUAAAAAUUCAAUUUAACGUAUUUUUUUGGGCUUUCCAGUCAAUUCCUCAGGUCACAAAAAUGCCUUCCUGGUCUUGAAAGUGACCAGGAAUCUCAGAUCACACUAAUGCACCCGGGUAUGAAAUGGCUGGAUUUUAUUUUGGUCUUGUUGCUCUUGUUUUUUUCUGGGUUAAACACAGGCACUUAUUCAGGUGUCCUUUUCCUUGUUCUCAUUUUUGUAUUAUGAUUAUUUAUUUCCAUUGCCACAUUAAAGGAGUUUUUGGUAGAGAACUGGGCUGGAAUUUCUUACACACAAUAUUAAGGAUGUUUUUUGUCAAAAACGUAAGUGUGUAUUUCAUCAAUAAAUGCCUUUUUAAAGUGG